UGCCUUAUCGACCGCAACAGCCAGCAGAAAGAGCCGACACACACUAUCAACAGACAGACAGCUCACACACCCGCAAGCAGGCGGUACAAGCAGACAUAAGUUGUGGAGAGCAGAAGACGGAGAGGCAUGGAAGUGACGGUGCAGGUUCUGCCGGGCGGGACGUUUACGUUCACGCUCGAGAAUGGCGACGCAACGACGGUGGCGGAGGUGAAGGCGCUCGUGGCAAGCAAGGUUGCGGCGUGCGCGGGCAAGCCAUUGCUGACGGUGUUCCAGGGCAAGAAGCUGGCGGACGACGACACGCUUGGCGCAGCUGGCGUCAAAAGCGGCGACAAGCUGUUUGUGGCCGUUGCCCCGCAGGCACAGGGGUCCCAGGGGUCCCCAGCAGGCAGCGACGAGACGAAGCCCGCCCAGCCAGCGGCGACGGGCUCUUCUUCCUCCUCGUCCACGUCAGCAGCGCCCGCAGCCAGCGACUUUGAGGUGAUGAUUCUGGUUGUGGGCAAGGGCAAGGAGCCACUGCAGCUGCCAAACGGAGAGAACACCACCGUGGAGGCCCUGCAGAAGCUGAUUGCGGGCCGAUACCCCGACGUCCCCGUGGAGACGCAGGCGCUCGCGGCCAACGGCAAGCGCCUCCAGCCGGGCUCGACCCUCAAGACAUACAACAUCAAGAACAAGCAGACCAUCUAUGUUGGGAGACAGGGCGGCGCCGCGCAGCAACAGCAGCAGCCGAAGCCAAGCGACGACGCUCGCUCAGCCGACGAGAUUGUGCAGGACAUCCUGAAGCACCUCGCAACCCUCAAGCAGCAGCUCACGCGUGAGCAGUUUGUCAAGGCCAUCCAGAAGUUUGCCAAGCUGCUGGGAAACCUUGUGGACCAUCCAGAUGACCCCAAGUACCGCCGUGUGCGCAAGGAGAACGCGGCCCUCCAGCGCGACCUCUUUGGGCACCCGGGCGGCGUCGAGGCUGUCCUUGCGAUUGGGUUCCGUGAGAGCGAGGAGGAGCCUGGCUCGCUGUAUAUCCGGCAGCCGAGUCCGCACCUUGGUCGCGUCCGCCAAAUGAUCCAGGCGGCCAUGCGACGACAGAACAUCCCAUUCCCUUCUGCCAGCCAGCCCCAGCCGCCGCAGGGCAUGGGUAUGGGCAUGGGCAUGCCCGGAUUCCCCUUUGGCGCAUUCCCCUUUGGUGGGCCGAGCGCAGGCCGUGGCGACGGUGAUGAUGGUGAUGAUGACGAGCAGCAGCAGCAGUCGUCGUCGUCAUCAUCGCCAUUCGCACCGCCCCCAAUGGGCUCCUCCUUUGGCAUGAUGCAAGAUCCCAUGAUGCAGCAGCUCAUGUCAAACCCAGAGCUGAUGCGAGCUGUUCUCCCGCAGGCCCAGCAGCUCAUGUCAAACCCACAGAUGAUGCAGCAGAUGCUGCAGCAGGCGGCGAGCGACCCCCGAUUCGCCAACAACCCCAUGCUCUCCUCCCUCCUCCAGGACCCGCAGGCGAUGCAGCAGAUGUCUGCCAUGGCGAGCCAGUUUGCAGCGAACCCGCAGAUGAUGGAGUCGAUGAUGGGAUCGCUCGGUGGAAUGGGCGGAAUGGGCGGAAUGGGCGGAAUGGGCGGAAUGGGCGGAAUGGGUGGAACACAACAACAGCAACAACAACAACAGCAGCAAGAGCAGCAGCAGCAGCCCGGAGGACAGCAACCAGGAGGACAGCAGCAGCAGCAGCCGUCGCCGUGGGGAGGAUUUGGCGGGUCGUCGCUGCAGGCGCAGGAGGACGCGAUGAUGGCGGAGGCGAUUCGCCGCUCCCUGCAGGACCAGAGCAACCCACCACCCGGCAACAACAACAGCAACAACAACAGCAACGGCAAUGGUGGUGGCAGCGGCGGUCGGGAUGAUGUGCCGGAUGUGGACUGA